GGCAGCUCCUGACCCGGAAUCGGAUCCUGGUCCCGCCCCCUCUGCCAAGCUUCCUUCUGCAAGAGGCGUGGGUCACGCUCUCGCUCGCUCUCUUUCUGCCGCCAUCUUGGUUCCGCGUCCCCCGCAGACCCUUCGCAGAGUUUUUAAGAACAUUUGACUCUGGGUUGGGCAGCAGAACGGAUCCCAGUCAAUUCAGGCCUCCUUUUUAUUCCCUUCAGAAAUGCCUGGUGAAGCCACAGAAACCGUCCCUGCUACAGAGCAGGAGUUGCCACAGCCCCAGGCUGAGACAGCUGUGCUUCCUGUGUCUUCAGCCUUGAGUGUCACUGCUGCCUUAAGGCAGCCUGAAUCUACCCUACCCCCUCCUUGCUCCCUGGCCCCCCAACAAUGCCCUCUGGCAACCCCUAACCAGGCUUCCCCAUUCCUUCCUCCCUCUAGUGUUGUCUCAACCCCUUUUGAAGCUCCUUUUCCACAAUCAUCCUCUGGAACAAUCCUUCCUUUGGGAGUUGCCCCUUCCCCCACUGACACCCCAGUUUUCCUACCAAACCUAAUAGGGCCUCCCAUCUCCCCAGCUGCCUUAGCUCUGGCCUCUCCCAUGAUAACUCCAGCUGUGAAAGAUCCCCAUUCCUCUUCAGCUCCCUUGGCUCUGGUGGCCUUGGCUCCCCACUCAGUUCAAAAGAGCUCUGCUUAUCCACUUAGCCCUCUUAAUUCACCUCCUUUGAUUGCUGGGGCUGAGUCAGGGUCAGUAACAUCUCUGUCAACUCCCAUUGUUUCCUCAGAACCAAAGACCUCUUCUAUUCAAAUUCCCAUGCAAGUAGGCCCUAAUCUAAAAGGCACCCCUAUCCCUCCAGGUAUAGUCAGUGCUGUUCCUUCCCAUCUUGGAACUCCCUUGGCCUCUGUUCAGUCUGGAGCAGCCGCAUGUCCUCAAAUGCCACCCACCACUCCCCCAGCCGUCACUUCCCCUCAGUUCAAAGGCAUCCCUGUUUCCUCAGCUCUGACUUCUCCACAAAACCCUGAAAGCCUCAGCGUAAAGGGACCCCUUAAUUCACCUGCUACAUUACCUCUUUCAACCCAGUCUAUAUCUGUGGCUCCCAGCGUCACUCCAGUUUUCCUCACUUCUCUGGGCUCUCAUCUAGCACCUUUACAUCAGGGUUCUCUUGAUUCUCCUGUUCGACCCUUAGGUCAAACAGGUCCUAAUGUUCUGUCAAAUCCUAAAGUGGAUGCCAUUUCUGCAGCUCAUUCUCCCAUUGGGGCCUCUUACCCUUCUCAGAGAUCUGUAAUUUCUCCACUUCCUUCCAGAAAUGAGGUGGCUUCUACUUCGGGGGCUCCAGCUUCCCCUCUGGCUCUUUCUAUUGAGAAAGAACCCCCUGCUGUCACUGGUAUAGCUUCCUUCAGUCCUUCUGGCUCAUCAGACUUAGCCACCUCUUCUCCAUUAUCUCCUACAGCCUGUCUCAUUCUGAAAGACUCUCCUAAUGCCACUCCUUGUCAGCCUUUGGUGACCCAAAUUCCUCCUCCUCCAGGGAGUCCGAGCUUGAAAGAAGCUCCUGUUUCUUCUCUUGGAACUAUCCCAUUCGUUAUGACUAACCCCUCCACAAUUUCUGCAAUACCUACUACCCUUGAGGUAGCUACUUGCAUGUCUCCUCCAGUUUCAUCAGAUCCCAUAAGUAAUAAGGACUCAGCUUCCCACACUGCCUCGGUUAUGGCUCCUGGGGCUCCCAAAGAGCUUUCUACUCCUCAAGUAACCCCUCUGGGAAUACCAGUCCCCCCUCCUCUCUCAUUCUCUGAGAACCCCAAAGGUCUCCCUACAUCAGCAUUGGUAAAGUUACCAAAACAAGGAAAUAUCCAAACUGAACUUCCCUCUCCUCUUGGAGCCCCUUUGUCACCAGAACAGGCAGGACUCCCUACCAAGAAAGACUCGACUCUAAUACCAUUAGUACUGGCAACCCCCAAAAAUCCCUCCUCUCCCCAAAGUAUAUCAUCAUCUCUGGAGAUAGCUCUUCCUCCUGAAGCCUCCUUAGCAAAGAAAAGCCUUGUAGUUGUAGAGCCUCUCCCUGUAGUUACGUCAGCAAGUACUGCUCCCUCUCCUCUGGGUGUUAACUCCCCAGCCUCUAUAAUCAAGACAGACCCCAGUAGUCUGCCUCUCAAAAGUUCUCUCACCACCCCAAGCAUAGCUACAUUUCCUCUGGAACAUGUUGCUACUGCAGAAGUGGCUCCUGCAGUUACCAAAGGUACCUCCACUACAGCCAGUCCUUUUCUAGAUAUCUCUUUAUCUCAUAAAAACCAUCCAGGUAAGAAGGGUAGUUCCACUCUUACUUUACCUGUGGUUCCUCCAGUCUCUGAAAGUUGUCCUGUGGCUCCAGCUGUGACUUUAUCCCCCCAGAACGUUUCUGCUUUUCCAGCUGCCAUAGCACUAGCCCCAGAAGUUCCCAAGUCUGAGCCCUUUCCCUCUCUUCAUCCUCAAGGUGCAAAGAAAGUUCACGGUAUUUCUCAUACCUCAGCAUUGGCUCCUGUGGCUUCCUCUCCUGAAGGGCACCCAACCAAGGACUCUGGUGUUUGUGCUUCUGUUAAUGCAUCUUCGAAAGGAACUUACUUAGCUGACUCUCCAUCUCCUUUAGGGACUAGUGUGUCUCCUCAAACUAAAAGACGUCCAACCAAGAAGGGUUCAGCUCCUUCUACUACCUUAACUCUUUCUCCUCUUUCGAAAAGUGUUCCUGCUAUCCCUGAUACUCCUGCUGGAAAUCACUCCUCCCCUAUUUCUCCAGUUGAAGCGUCCUUUCUUCCAGAGGCCAAUCUUUCUUUUCAAGUCCCUAAAGGGUCACUGGCCAAGAAGCAUUCCCCCACUCUUUCCCCCAAAGAGACCCCAGAUACCCCACCUCCCAAAGAGGCCUUCACUCCCCCAGCUAUAGUUCCUUCCUCCCCCAAAGGAGCCCCAGCAACUUCAUCCUCCAAAAAGUCACAAGCAGCUCCAGCCCCCAAAAGAGCCCCAGCUACUCCAUCUCCCAAAGGGACCCCCACUGCCUCAGCUGUGGCUCCUUCAUCCCCCAAAGGGGACCCAGCAGUGACUCCUUCCUCCCCCAGAGGGGCCCCCAACCCCCAAGCUGUGGCCCCUCCCUCUCCCAAAGAGUCCCAAGCAACUCCAGCCCCCAGAAGAGCCCCAGCUACUCCAUCUCCCAAGGGGCCCCCCACUGCCCCACCUAUGGCUCCUCCCUCCCCCAAAGGGGGCCAAGCAACCCCAUUCCCUAAAGAGACCUCCACUCCCCCAGCUGUGACUCCUCCCUCCCCCAAAGGGUCUCAGGCAACUCCAGCCCCCAAAAGAACCCCAAUGACUCCAUCUCCCAAAGGGGGCACAGCAACCCCAUCCCCUGAAGAGGCCUCCACUCCCCCAGCUAUGACUCCUUCCUCUCCCAAAAAGUCCCCACCUACCCAACCUCCCAGAAAGGCCCCCACCUCCCAAGCUGUGCCUCCUCCCUCUCCCAAGGAGUCUCAAGCAACUCCCCCCAAAAGAGCCCCAGCUACUCCAUCUCCCAAAGGGACCCCCACUGCCCCAGCUGUGGCUCCUCCCACUCCCAAAGGGGGCCCAGCAACUCCAUCCCCUAAGGAGACCUCUGCUCCCCCAGCUGUGACUCCUCCCUCUCCCAAAGGGGGCCCAGCAACCCCAUCCCCUAAAGAGACCUCCACUCCCCCAGCUGUGGCUCCUUCCUCCCCCAAAGGGUCUCAGUCAACUCCCACAGAGUGCCCAGCUACCCAGUCUCCCAAAAGAGCCCCAACUACUCCAUCCCCUAAAGAGAACACUCCCCCAGCUGUGGCUCCUUCCUCCCCCAAAGAGUGCCCACCUACCCAAUCUCCCAAAAGAGCCCCAACUACUCCAUCUCCCAAAGGGGGCCCAGGAACCCCAUCUCCUAAAAACUCCACCCCCCCAGCUGUGGCUCCUUCCUCCCCCAAAGUGUGCCCAGCUACCCAAUCUCCCAAAAGAGCCCCAACUACUCCAUCUCCCAAAGGGGCCCCCACUGCCCUAUCUGUGGCUCCUCCCUCCCCCAAAGGGGGCCCAGCAACCCCAUCUGCUAAAGAGACCAUUCCCCCAGCUGUGACUCCUUCCUCUCCCAAAGGGCCCCCCACUGCCCCAUCUAUGACUCCUCUCUCCCCCAAAGGGGGUCCAGCAACCCCAUCUGCUAAAGAGACCUCCAUUCCCCCAGCUAUGACUCCUUCCUCCCCCAAAGAGUCCCCAGCUACCCAACCUCCCAGAGGGGCCUCCACCCCCCAAGUUAUGGCUCCUUCUUCUUCCAAAGAGUCCCAAGCAACUCCAGCAACUCCAUCCCCUAAAGAGACUUCCACUCUCCCAGCUGUGGCUCCUCCCUCCCCCAUAGAGUCUCAAGCAACUUCAGUCCCCAAAAGAGUUCCAGCUACCCCACCUCCCAGAGGGGCCUCCACUCCCCCAGCUGUGGCUCCUCCCUCUCCCAAAAGGUCCCAGGCAGCUCCAGGCCCCAAAAGAGCUCCAGCAACUCCAUCUCCUAAAGGGGGCCAAGCAGCCCCAUCCCCUAAAGAGACUUCCACUCCCCCAACCGGGGCUCCUUCCUCCCCCAGAGAGUCCCCAGCUACCCAGCCUCCAAAAGGGACCCUCACUAUAGCUCAUCCCUCCCCCAAAGAGUCUCCAGCAACUUCCCCCAAAAGAGCCCCAGCUACUCCACCUCCCAAAGGGUCCCCCACUGCCCCACCUGUGGCUCCUCCCUCCCCCAAAGGGGGCCCAGCAACCCUUUCCCCUAAAGAGACUUCCACUCCCCCAGCUGUUGCUCCUUCCUCAAAAAAAGCCCCAGGUGCCCCAUCUCUCAAAGGGUCCCUUACUCCCUCAGCUGUGACUCCUUCCCCCAAAGAGUCUCCAGAAACUCCAGCCCCCAAAGAGGCUCCAGGAACCCUAUCUCCCAAGGGGCCAUCCACUCCCCCAGCUGUGACUCCUUCCUCCAAAGAGUCUCCGGCAGCCCCAGCCCCGAAAGGGACCUCAGCAACUCCAUCCUCCAAAAGAAUCCCAGGAGGAACUCCAUCCCCCAAGAGAGCCCCAGCUACCCCAUCCAAAGGUGCCCCCACUCCCUCAUCUGAGAGUCCUCCCUCACCCAAAGAGGCCCCUACCUCUCCAGUUUCAGUCACAUGUCCCCUGGGGUCCAUUGCCCCUCUGGCUUCUAAAGGCCUACCAGUAAAGAAAAGCUCCACAACUCUCAAAGCAGGACUUGUUGCCCCAGCUCCAGAAAGUAUACCAGCUGUCACAGCUCCCUCUGAGAAAGCUCCACUGGCCAAGAAGAGUUCUGCUACUUCACCUUCUGUGUGCCCAGAUCCUACAGCUAAGAAUGGUACUAAAGGACCCCUUCCUACAAUGGCUCCAGCCCCCCUGUCAGUCUCUGCUCAGAAAGUCUCUUCAAAGGCUCCCAAAACCCUUCCUGUUUCUCCAUUAAAAAGCAAAGAUUCUGCCCAUUCCCCAAAGAGCCCUUUGACUCUUCCUCUUGAGUCUGUGACAUCUACUCCUCUAGCAACAGUUUCCUCUGAGAAGGUCCUUCCUAAAGCUGGAUCAGCAUCUAUCCCUCCAGCACCCACCCCAUCAGUCUCUCUGCCUCUCGCUCCCUCCCCAGUUCCCCCUCUGCUUCCUAAACAGCAAUUUCUGCCGUCCUCACCUGGGCUGGUGCCGGAAUCACCCUGUAAGCCCUCAGCCCCUGCUGAUGAGGAUGAGCUGCCGCCUCUGAUUCCCCCGGAACCAAUCUCGGGGGGACUGCCUUUCCAGUCGGUCCUCGUCAACAUGCCCACCCCCAAACCUGCUGGGAUCCCUGCCCCAACCCCCUCUGCCAAGCAGCCUGUUCUGAAGAACAACAAGGGGUCUGGAACAGAAUCUGACAGUGAUGAAUCAGUACCAGAGCUUGAGGAACAGGAUUCCACACAGGCAACCACACAGCAAGCCCAGCUGGCAGCAGCCGCUGAAAUUGACGAAGAACCAGUCAGUAAAGCAAAACAGAGCCGGAGUGAAAAGAAGGCACGGAAGGCUAUGUCCAAACUGGGUCUUCGACAGGUUACAGGGGUUACAAGAGUCACUAUCCGGAAAUCUAAGAAUAUCCUCUUUGUCAUCACAAAACCAGAUGUCUACAAGAGCCCAGCUUCAGAUACCUACAUAGUUUUUGGGGAAGCCAAGAUCGAGGAUUUAUCUCAGCAAGCACAACUGGCAGCUGCUGAGAAAUUCAAAGUUCAAGGUGAAGCUGUCUCAAACAUUCAAGAAAACACACAGACUCCAACUGUACAAGAGGAGAGUGAAGAGGAAGAGGUUGAUGAAACCGGUGUAGAGGUUAAGGACAUAGAAUUGGUCAUGUCACAAGCAAAUGUGUCAAGAGCAAAGGCAGUCCGAGCCCUGAAGAACAACAGUAAUGACAUUGUAAAUGCUAUUAUGGAAUUAACAAUGUAACCAUCUGAAAACGAGGACUUUUUUUUUGGUGUUUCAAAAGAAUAACUGCAGCUUGGUUUGAAAUUUGUACUGUUUCUAUCAUUAAUAAAGUUAUGGCUUCUUGUUGGAUGAA